AUGGCGGACGAUCAAAGUACCGGCCGGUGUAUCUCUGCUUGUACACUGACAGUGUUUAAUAGUUAUAUUUUUAUUACAUCUGAGAGUCUGUGGGAGUUUGAAAGGACAUAGCUUUCAAAUAUGAAACUGAUCGCAAAGAAUUUCGAGAAAGACAGUUCUGGAUCAGUUGUCCUUGUCCCAGAUGAGGCUGAAGAUAUGUGGCAUGCAUAUAACCUAAUAGCAGUUGGCGAUCACCUUAGAUCAACUACUAUCAGGCGAGUACAAACAGAGUCAGCAACAGGAUCAGUCAGCAGCAAUAAAGUUCGAACAACUCUUUGCAUUGCUGUAGCAAGAGUUGAAUUUGAUACCCAAGCAUGUAUGUUGAGGAUUAAUGGACGUAAUGUGCAAGAAAAUCAGUACGUUAAGAUGGGGGCUUACCAUACGAUAGACUUGGAGUUGAAUAGAAAGUUCACUCUUAUCAAAGAGUACUGGGACAUCAUCGCUCUAGAAAGAGUUGAAAUGGCUUGUGACCCAGCACAGCAUGCUGAUAUAGGAGCCAUUUUACUUCAUGAAGGUCUAUGCCAUAUCUGCCUAGUAACAUCAAGUAUGACCAUUGUUAGAGCAAAGAUUGACAUGAAUAUUCCACGAAAAAGAAAAGGAUUCUGUGGCCAACAUGACAAGGGUUUGUUUAAGUUUUAUGAUGCUAUAAUCCAGGGUAUUCUCAGGCAUAUUAAUUUUGAAGGUACGUUUGUCAUGGUUCUCUAUCAUUACAUGCCCGACAGAGCUUAUUAUGGCGUUACACAUGUGGAGAAGGCCAAUGAAGCUUUGGCAAUCGAAACGCUGCUUGUCACUGAUGAACUUUUCAGGUCGACAGAUUUGCCAACUCGUAAAAGAUAUGUCAAGCUUGUUGAAAGUGUUAAAGAAAAUGGCGCCGAAGUCAGGGUUUUUUCAAGUCUACAUGUUUCUGGAGAACAGCUUGGCCAGUUGUCCGGUGUGGCGGCAAUCUUGCGCUUCCCCAUGCCGGACAUCGCUGAUGAUGAAGGCUCCGCUGAUUCUGAGGAAGAUUAGUGAACUGUGUACAUACAUUUCUCAAAACUGGAUUUAGAGCGCUUUUCAAUUGAGUGUCGAAAAACCAAAAACUUAGUUAUCACGGCGACCUAUCAGAAGAAGGUAGAUAUCACAAGGAGCCAAUGAGAACUCAAAGCUACCUCAAGCGCGGGAAACGUCAGUGACCAGAACGCGAUUGGUUUUAGAUUUGUAUCUGAUUGGCUGAGGGAACUGCGUGAGUUGUGUAGACCAAUCACGUUGCGAAGUAAAGAAAACCAAUCUCA